GCUGCCGAUUAAUGAGUCUCCUUUGUGUCUCUUCCCCUGCGCCUGCACCAUAUGACCUCCCGCCACACAUUUGUUUUUCCCGUUGCACUGCAGACACCCAGUAGAACUCGUGCUCAUGCUACCUAAUUCUUGUGCUUAAACUGUAUUAAUGUGGAACGACUGUAAAGCGGAGUUCUGGAUUCUAAAUUUAAUGGACAGAUUAUAAAGAGGAGUUCUGGAUUCUGUAUUAAUGGACAGAUUAUUCAUUUAUCUUUCAGUUUCGUAAUGUCAUCCGACACGUUUGGUGAGAAGUUGUUUUUGGAACUUAAAAUGUAUGAUUUUGGCGCACUGAUUUGCUCAGCAGAUAAGUGGGUUUUGCGCGUUUUCGGGCAUUUAUAGACUACUUGCUCUCGUGCACUUUAUUAAAAGCAUUCGUUGCUGUUAGAGGAACAAUUGAGUUGUUGUGAUGAUUUUUGUGAAGUUUCUGGGAAAAUGUGUCUGCCACAUUGUGCUAUUUUUGGUAGAAUAUGGUGCCUCUUCCGGCUUUUAGUCCAGUAAUGGGGGUUUAUAUUUGGUGGAAGUAAUUUGACGCGUCCGUACAAGCAAAUUGGUGCAUUUUUGUGUUGGUUUUGGUGGAGCGGUUGAUUUCUGCUAUUGGUGGAUGGAGAUGUGAUGAAUGCUGACAUGAUUAGCUUGGAUAACAUAGGAUUCAGGAUCUUCCCUACUGGUAUCUGCCGUGCAUUGGUAUAGCGGAUUAGUUGCUCAUUUUUGCUGUUUUCCGAGGGAAGUCUUGUGUGUGCUUGUGGCUAAAUGGAGUAGUUUGGACAAUUUUUUUGUGUGAUGUGUGCUUUUGGAACCCGAAUCUGCUGUAUUUUGAAAUAGUUGAGCAAAGCAGUGGAUUCGUGCUCUUGCGAGAUUCGGAGUCGAAGUGCAAUUUAAGGCCAGCACAUGAGUUUUUGCAAAUUUUCUGUAACAUUUGUGGAAUGUAGUGGUGCUAAAGCGGUGGCUCAAGUAGAAAAGAAAAGAAUGUAGGGGAGUAGAGCAACUCACACUUGCCAAGGUCGUGCAGGAGGCGCUGAAAUUUGAGACUCGGGGGAAAUAUAUGAAGAAAGAUCCACCUGGAACGGUGGCUUAGGAGGAAUAUUUAUCGACGGCAUUAAGUCUUUUGACUUUUACCGGACGGAGAGUUUCUCGCGCCCAAUUAGGCCUCCUUUUCCAACUACUAAGAUGGCAGGUCCCUGAUUGCAACGGUUGAAAAUAUAAACCACACUUUUUAUAAAGUAUAAAAUUAACAAGCACGAUCAAGGUCCUUUUCUUCUUGCUGAUCUAGUUCUCUCACGAGAUUAGAUGUCCUGAUUUUAAAGUUUCCAGCGAUGAUGAUGUCUAGAUUGGCAUGGAGGUGAUGUAGGCGAGAUUCAUACCGCUUUGUCUUGUAUGAUGCGUACUAUCAGAGCUCCUGAAUCUAAGCAAACGACCACAUUACUGGUGGCCGUUAAAUGUCGGCCUCUAACAGCAAGAGAACAGAGCAAAUGCCGGGAAAUACUCAAGGUAGCUGAUGAAAAGGUGGUGGUUGUUUCAGACCCGGAAUCAUCCAAGGAUUACCUUGAUCGUGUACAGAACAGAAGGAAGGACAAGAUAUAUGCCUUUGAUUUUGCCUUCGGGCCACAAUUGACAAAUCGAGAUGUGUACAAAACUACAAUUUUGCCUAUGAUUGGUGGAGUCAUUCAAGGCCUCAAUGCCACUAUAUUUGCUUACGGAGCAACGGGAAGUGGUAAAACCUACACAAUGGCUGGGACUCCAGAGGAUCCAGGACUUAUGGUACUCAGUUUACGAACUAUAUUUGAUCUGAUUUCAAAGGAAGAAAGUUCUCUUGAUUUUGAUGUCACUUGCUCCUACCUUGAAGUAUAUAAUGAGGUCAUAUAUGAUUUACUUGAUAAGUCAUCAGGCCAUCUAGAACUCAGGGAGGACCCUGAUCAAGGGAUAACAGUUGCUGGUCUCAGACGAAUUAAGGUCAAUUCGGCUGACAAAAUAUUUGAGCUACUAAAUGUGGGCAACAGUCGACGGAAAACAGAGAGCACAGAGGCAAAUGCCACAUCUUCACGGUCACAUGCUGUUUUAGAAAUCACUGUCAAAAGGCAACAGAAGAAUCAAUAUCGAUCACAAGUUUUGCGUGGCAAGCUUGCUUUAGUCGAUCUUGCUGGCAGUGAAAGAGCUUCAGAAACAAACAAUGCUGGGCAGAAGCUCAGAGAUGGAGCAAAUAUUAAUCGUUCUCUCCUUGCUUUGGCAACAUGCAUUAAUGCUUUAGGAAAGCAGCAGAAGAAGGGUCUUGCAUAUGUUCCCUACCGCAAUAGCAAGCUGACAAGAAUUUUGAAGGAUGGUCUUAGUGGGAACUCUCGUACUAUUAUGAUUGCCACUGUAUCACCUGCUGAUGAUCAGUAUCACCACACCAUCAACACCUUGAAGUAUGCUGAUAGAGCUAAAGAGAUUAAGACACAUAUACAGAAAAACAUUGGCACUGUUGAUAGUCAUGUUGCAGAUUACCAGCGCAUGAUCGACAAUCUUCAGGUUGAAGUGUGCCAACUAAGGAAGGAACUAGCAGAGAAGGAAUCUCAAUUGAGUAUCAGACCAGCUGAGAAAACAGUUGAUGAUGAGCUAUCUUGGUUGGAUGAAUUGAGCCGUGAUACUAAUGAGAAUAUUGAAGAACGUAUAAAUCUUCAGAAAGCUUUAUUUGAACUGGAGGACAUUAACUUACGUAAUCGGAUUGAACUACAACAUCUUGAUGAUAUUAUUGCAAAACAACAGGCUAUUGAAAAAGAAGGGAGAAUUGUACAGGCCUUAGGCGCUAGGAGACAGGUUAUUCUUGACAACAUCCGGGAUAAUGAUGAAGCAGGAGCUAACUAUCAUAAGGAAAUUGAGAUAAAUGAGGCCCACCGCAGCAAGCUUCAAAAAUUGAUUGAUGAAGCUAUUGAUAACAAUGGAAACAAAACGUACCUGCGUAUUCUUAGACAGUAUAGGCUACUGGGCAUGACAAACACAGAACUUCAAUUUCAAAUAGCAGUACGUGAUCAAAUAAUACAUAACCAAAGAGAAACACAAAGUAAUUUAUGGACUUUGCUUGGAAGUUCUGGUUUGAAUCACAAACAGAUACAGGAACUGGCUACCAAGCAAGGGAUAACAAUAGAGGACUGGAUUAUCCCCCCUGGAAGCCCUGUGCUAAGGAAAAUAUCCCCAGCUCCAAUUUCUGGAAGAUAUCCACAAUGCUUACCUCCACCACAAAGUCUUACACACAGUACAAGUUUUGAGAAGACUUAUGUAACAUCUCCAAGAAAUUGGAAUUGUGACUUACUGAAGCUGCAAAGUUCCAACAAUCAUAGGAGUUCUCAGAUCCAUAGUGGUCUUUUGAGAGGAGCUGAUCCCCGAUCUGUUGAAUAUGGAAGUCCUGAUGUUAGGGGCAUGAAUCAAUCUGAUGGUCCAUUGUCUAGGAAUUCAAAAGUUCCUCCUACAGAAGCUGCAAAAGGAAUUUGCACAAUGAGGCAGGAGCAUCACAGCUCAUUUGAGAUGGUUUCUCAUCUACAUACUCCCUCAGCAUUGUUGGCAAGGAGAGCAGGAAAUCACAUGGGACAGAGAAGCCAGCAAUGCUCUGCAGAAACUUGUUAUCAAGAUUGCUGUUCUCAUGAUACAGUUUGUGUGGAUCCCAUGCAUGACAACAGUAAAACUCAAGGCUUAAAUUGUGGCUGGAAUGAAGGCUAUGGUGGGUUAGCUUAUUAUACACCAGGAGAAACUCAACCUUUCACAGCAGAUGCACAGCUCCGAAGGGAAUUGUGGAAUGUAAACCAUCAAAUGCAGAAUCUUCAUGUUACUGGUGAUGGAAGAGAAGUAUUUGCCAAUCAUGUUGCUAAUGAUAGUAGCAAUGUUAAUGCGAUUCAUGAAGCGAAGGUUGGAAGAGUUUUGUUUCCACAAUCUUCCGAUCGAGUUGGAACACACUUCAUUCCAAAUGAUAGCCCAAGUCGCAUCUCUCCUAUGUUGAAUUCUCAUCAUAUAAUUUACAACAGUCAGAGCACUUACUACCAAAACUAUCCAGUUUUCUCCUCACUGCAAUCCCCUUCUUCAGAGCACAAAACAAGGGAAGGCAGUAACAUUGAUUCUACAUGUGGAGUAUCUCAAAUGUGGUCUGAUCACAGAUUCAAGUAUUCUUCAAAUAGGCCAUGUCAGUUAUGGCCUGAACAAAGUGAUGGUUGGAAACAAUAAGUUUGCCUUUUGGACAUAACGCGUGUCAUAAGUUUACAUUUACCACACACCACAAUACGUAGGCCUAUUUGAAGGUGCAUAAUUUCUGUGGGCAUUGGUUUUGCACUAAGCAUAUAAGUUGAGGGCCUUUCAAUAUUAGCACUGCAGCCCGUAUUUCUAGUAAGAUGUUAUGCUCAGGUUUUGGCUUCUUGUCUACUGGCAUAUUGUGAUGAACUCUGAUCAAAUUUGUAGUCCGGCUUUUCCGAGUUUAGGAAUCUUUUGCAAUGCAAGAGGAGCGUUAUGAA